AUGCGCUUCAGACACAGAGUUCGUCGCUGGUUGCUUCUCCUCACCCUGGGCGCUGCACGUGCUGCUGCUGGGCAGAAGGAUUGCAUUUCGCUGCGGAAGUCUCAGGUUGCCAGCAUUUUGCAGCACUUCCGCCGGUCGUUGGUGGGAGCCGGUACCGUCCGUUCCGUGGAGGAGCUUUUAGGUACCGUGUUCCGACCAAGGAGCUGUGAGGCGAGCCAGCCACUGGAGGAGGCGGUGCAAGCGGGUCGAAGAUUUCUGAAGAAUCUGGGAUCUCUUGGCCGACGGGAGCAAGGACCUUGGUGUAGCCACAAUUUUGACCUUGAGUGGUGGGAGGCCAAGAACCUCACAGGAGCCAUGCUCAUGCCUUGGCCAUAUCACAUACAGUUCAAGAGAGCUCUGAAACAGGCAACUGCGGCGAUGAUUGCCUGUGGCCUGCAGGGAAGGUUUGCACCCACCGACGGCACCCUUAUCGCCCUACUGAGAUACGGCCGGAUCGCUUUGGAUAUCGGGGGAUUCGUCGACCAUGUAGACAAGGAUAUCGACCUGAUGUUCUUCGUCCGAACACAGGCCGAGUUCUACUUGAAACUUGAAUGCAUUGUCUCCUACCUUCUGAGUCGCAACGACAAGGGCUGGAGCUGGUGGUGCUCGGGAGCAUUGCAAGAGCCUGAGGGCGCAGGAGAGCUCUGGACUUUUAAGUGUGUCCUGUCACGCAGGGAUGGUGGUCUGGAGACUUUCGGCAGCUCCGUGGAUGUUGCCUUUUUUCGAUUCUUCGUUGCUGGAGACUCAUUGAGGACGGCUCGGAACUGUAGCCGAGAUCAUCUGUGUCCGAUAAAGCAACGGGAGCUUGGCUCCGUGAAGAGCCUGUGGUUGCCUUUGGGGAAAUGUAAGGCUUACGACUUCGAGCUGCCUUGUCCACAGUCGCCUGUGACCAUAUUGCUUCAAAGCAAAGAGCACACCGACGACUUUCAGGGCCAUGUUGCACUGCCAGCCGUUGCAGUGGAACGAUGCCCCUUUCACUCGGGCACUUUGCGCAUGCUGCAUCGUGGCCUUUCGCUGCGCCAGAUGCUGACGCUGCGCGAAGAAGCCCGUCGACUCCACUUUGGAGGAUGGAAAUCCUUCUACCACUUCUGGUUUCAUCCCGAUGGGACGCCGAGGCCUUUGCCCGAAGGGCCCGUCUCGGCCGACAUGCGCGGAAGCGGAAAGACUCGCUUUGCGCAGACGCCUCCUCCUCCGGUGAAGGAUCCCGUGCAUACUUUCAUGGCCAGAUUCAGGGGCCUCGCCCAGGUCUUUGCAUUCUCCGCACUGGUGCAACCUACAGGGCGGGAUGAGGGUUUUGCCAACGGCGUGGUACAGGGUAGCGGUCUGGCGGCCCCGGACGUAUCGAUCGAAUGGGUUCUUUAUUUCCGGCCACUGGUGAGACAUGCUGCACAUGCAAUACUGCAACUGACAAAGUCACCACAUUAUUUGGCUGCUUUAUGGGAGCUGAAGCCUCUGGAGGUUUGCAUGGCAUACUUUCUGGAUACAACCUUUCGCUGUGCUGAAGCUGCCGUCGGUCGCCACUCCUAUGUAGAAGGCUUGUGCAAGAGCUGGGCAAGACAACCUGCUGAUGUCAUUAGCAACAAGUCGGAAGCUCGCGAUCGUUCGUUCCUUCAGCUUCUCUGGCUGGUUGCGACAGGGUGCAACAAAUUGCCGAAAGAUAACACUGGAAGCAUUUGGAAGGGGCCCUUUGGUCCGUGGGCCAAGUCCGUGCGUCAAAUGCUUCCUUCUGUUGAGCCGGGUCUACUGCUCACUCGGCACGUGUUUCUGGCGUCGACCGACCAGAGUGACUUGGCACCGUUACUGAUCAACACAAGCAGCCUUGACUAG